CCCCAUUCUCACUUCUUCCGACCUCCGUUGCCUCCCUCUCCUUCUUCUCCCCUGUCAUUUUCCUUCUCUACGCUACUAUCACUUAUUUUAAUUAUUAUUACAUGGUCCUGGUUUAAUGUCUUUUCGAUUUAUUGUCGCCAUUUCCAUUUGUUGAGCUAAACUAUUAUUUAUUGGCCUCUCUUGGAUCUCAUUCAUUCAGCUUUAAAAUAUAAAUUCUUCUAAAUGCAUAAUUAAUAAAUUCACGUACGUCCACCGUCUGUCCCUCCUUCCCUCCUUUCUCUCUUAAAGACUUAUGAGCUUGUUUUUCAGGGUAUUUUCUUUUUUGUGUUUGAUUCAGCAAUGGCUUACCAGUACCAGCCAUGUUUUUUCCUUCUUUUUCUGCUGUUUUCCGUCAAUGCGUCUGUUCUAGCAUUUCAGCAACGACCCAAGAUCAGCGCCGUUGAUCUGGCGGCGCUGUCAGCGAUCAAAGACAGUCUGACAGACAUUCCAGGCUCAAGAUUCUUCUCCACUUGGGACUUCACCGCACCAGAUCCUUGCUCCUCAUUCACCGGCGUCACCUGCGGUUUCAACGACCGAGUCACCAUUCUGUCGCUCGGCACUGGCCUUUCCGACUCGCCUGGCCUCGCUGGCUCCCUCUCCCCCGCUCUUUCCAACCUUACCCAGCUAACCCAACUCAUCCUCUUCCCUGGUCUCGUCACCGGUCCCAUCCCCCCCCAACUGGGUCAACUCACUAGUCUUCGAGUCAUUUCCUUGACCAACAACCGCUUAACAGGACCCAUACCACCCUCCUUUUCUACUCUCCCCUUCUUGCACACUCUGGAUCUGAGUUCAAACCGGCUCACCGGGUCCAUCCCGCCAGGCCUCACGAAGCUUCCAUCUUUAAAAGUCAUGGUGUUGAGCUGGAACGAGUUAACAGGGGAGUUACCCAGAACAGUGUCGGCGCAGUUAUUACACUUAGAUUUGAAGAAGAACAAGAUCAGCGGACCGUUGCCAAGGUUACCGUCAACUGUCCGUUACUUGUCAGUGUCGGAGAACUGGAUGUGGGGCCCACUCAAGGCCCUGGAAUCGCUAUCCGAGUUAGUGUACCUGGACGUUAGCAUGAACCAAUUCAGUGGGCCCAUCCCGUCUUCACUCUUCUUAAACCCCUCCCUCACUUCACUGUUUUUGCAACGGAACAAUUUAUCGGGUGGCCUCCCAUCAUCAAUCAAGAUGGACCCCACCUUCCAAUCCUACGGCGGCAAGGGAUCCAUCGUGGACUUGAGCCAUAACUUCAUCACGGGGGAUAUAACCCCCUUCUUGGCUGGGGUGGAGACUCUCUUCUUGAACAAUAACCAUCUCACUGGGUCUGUACCUGAGGAGUACGUGAAAAGCGUGUACGACGGCACCACCAAAACUUUGUAUUUGCAGCAUAACUAUCUAUCCGGAUUCCCAUUACCUCAAGGUUCCACUCUGCCUGAUACCGUCUCCUUGUGCUUGUCCUAUAAUUGCAUGGUGCCGCCCGUUGGGAUAUCAGCCUGCCCGGCCAGUGCCGGAAGCCAGCCCUCCAGGCCGCAAUCGCAAUGUUCCGUAUUCACCCAUCGUGGCUCCACCAACUGACAUCAGGAUAAGGUGGAUAUGGUUAUACGUUUCACAUUACUAGAAGCAAUAUUAAGAGUGUGUGUAACUUAUAUUACUACCAUAUAGGUAUUUUUUUUUUUAAUUUAUAUAAUUUGUUUUAAGGAUGAGUUAUAUAAAAAGUGAAAAAGAAAGGUUUUAUUAGCAGCCCUGCUUCUCUUAUACUUAACCCCUCCCCACCCCUCAAUGUAAUCGUAUUUUAUUUGGGUUACUUUUUUUUAUUAUAAAUUUUGACUUGACUUGUUAAUAAUUCAUAGUUUUUAAUAUAUUUAUUUUGUUUGAUAUUGAUUUCAUACGAAAA